AUGGAAGUGUAAGAAUGAUAUAGAUCUAGUUGUUUUAUUAUUUCUAAAGAUCAAAAGUUACUUACACGUCAUUAAUAAAUGAAGGAUGCCAACGCUGCUAUGCUAAGCAACUAUGAAGUGUUUCAGCUACUGACGGAUUUAAAGGAGCAAAGAAAAGACAGCGGUAAAAAUAAACACAGCACUGGGCAACAGAACCUCAACACAAUCAUGUAUGAGACGCUGAAGUACUUAUCCAAGACACCAUGCAGCAGACAGAGCCCAAAGAUCAUGAAGGAUUUUCUCACCACCAUGAUGCCCCAUAAACUUACCAAGGCUGAGAAGCUCCAACUCCUGAACCAUAGACCACAAACAGCAGUAGAGAUACAGCUGAUGGUUGAGGAGAGUGAAGAACGCUUGUCAGAGGACCAGAUUGAGGAGCUUAUUCAGAAAGUUACUAAGGUCCUCCCUGGUGACCCGGAGCAAGAAGGCAGUGCCCCCGCAGAUGCACAAGAAAUGGAUGGGGGCACCAGCCAGUAAGAAUGUAGACAUGGGAAAAGGGAGGAUACAGUGUCUCACCACAGUCCUGAUGAACACACAAGCCUUGCAUUCAUCAUAAUUUUUCACUUCAGAUACUAUGUUGGGAGAGGCAGGUUAAAAAGGUUUACUGAACAUGACGACAGUAUCUAUAGAUUAUUUGUAGGAUCAGUUUAAGUCCUAAACCCACACUCCUUCUGUGCUGUUCAUAUCUUGGUGGAUAUAAGGUAUGGAGGUGGAGAUUAAACUGGAGCAGUCAUCUGAACCAAUAGUGCAACAAUAUAAAUGAGGACUGCAUUUUCUUUGAAGAUGGGAUGAGCUGAACAUAAGAGGUUCUAUUGAGCUGACUGAUCUUAGGACCUGAGAUCAUGUUUUCUCUGAAAAUAUGGAUACUAGGAUGCACAGGGCAUGUUGACAACGAUACAUAAGACUAUACCUGUACUGUACCUGCAUGAUCCUGCAGUGUCCUAUGUAGGCCUAUAGAUGGCUUCAAGUGUUUUACAAACUGCAGAAUAAAAAGGUUCUAAAAAGGUU